GUCGUGUGUCCACCGCAAAUAAAUUUAGUUAACAUCGUUAAAUAAACAAUUAUUGUUGUUAAUAAAAAAUAAGAGAAGCGUGUUAUAACUUGUUUGAAAACUUAGAAGUAAUUAAUAGCUGUUUCGAGCCCUUGUGGAUAGUGUUGAAAGUUGUUUUACAAGUGCAAUUGGAUUGUGAACAAAAUUGACUUAAGUACGUCGGGAAUGAUGCUAAGGCGGCCUACUAAAAGUAUGGCAUUUAAUAAGAUGACGCGAUCUUUCCUCGAGCGAAGCAUAGUGAGUAUUUGAGGGUGCCCUUGGUUCGGGGGAUGACGCUGGGCGGUGAAGACGAACGCCGCGGCGCUGGGUGAGCAGGCGCAGGGGAUGUGGGUGCUGCUGGUGCUGGCACUGGCGGCGGCCGCGUCCGCCGACUGCCCGCGCCACUGCGAGUGCAAGUGGCGCAGCGGCAAGGAGUCCGCACUGUGCGCCCGCGCCGGCCUCACCUCCGUGCCGCCGCGCCUCGACCCCACCACGCAGCUGCUCGACCUGGCGGAGAACCGCCUGCCCACCGUCCGCGACGACGCCUUCGCUGCCGCCGGCCUACUUAACCUCCAGCGCCUCUACCUCCCCGCUUGCAACGUACGGACCAUCAGACAAUACGCUUUCCGAGCGCUUGUUAACCUCGUCGAAUUGGACCUCUCUCGCAACCGUCUGGAAGCAAUACCUUCACAUUCGUUCGAUUCAAUCCCCGAGCUUAGAGAACUGCGGCUCGGUGGUAAUCCCAUUACGAAAGUUGGGGACGAAUCCUUUAUAGCACUCCCCCAUCUAGUACGCCUUACACUUAGUGCUUGCAAAAUAGCCGAAAUAGAGCCUCGUGGUUUCGCAGGACUCGAAUCUUCUUUGGAGUAUUUGGAGCUUAGUAAGAAUAAACUUCAAGUACUUCACGUAGCGGUCUUAGCGCCGCUGCGGUCUUUGAAAGGCUUGGAGCUAGCAAGUAAUCCGUGGGAGUGUACUUGUGCUCUGAGACCCAUGCGAGAUUGGAUGAUAAGAAAGAAUGUCCCAGCAACAGUGGUACCCGACUGCGCGUUGCCACCACGGUUAAUGUCUCAAUCUUGGGAUCGAUUAGAUUUAGAGGAUUUUGCUUGUCACCCAGAAGUAAGCGCAGCAAGUCAAUUCAAAGGCCUAGAAGGUGAUGAAGUGACACUGGUUUGUCGAGUGAGUGGAGUGCCUGCACCGAGAGUUAGAUGGGUCCGAGCGGGUCGUCUACUUGCCAACACUACUUCAAAUAAUGUCAAUUCUGGUAGAGCUUUUAUGUUACGUAGUGAAGGACAAACUAGUAAUUUAACCAUAAAAUCGGCAGAUUUGCAGGACGCUGGGUCUUACACGUGUAAUGCCGAAAAUCGUGCUGGCAAAGCCGAGGUGAUUUUAAGUUUAGCAAUAGAAAAGAAACCAGAAAAUAAAAGUUUUGGUGGGCGCGCACUGAUGGCCGGGAUGGCCGUGUCAGCAGUGAUAGUGUUAAGUUCGUGUUUAAUAGGAUUGUGUGUAUACGAGACUCGUAAGAAAAGACAAUUAGAUAGAUGGAACGAACAGAUAGUGACAACUAAUCAUCGCGAUGAUAGUUACGAUAAAUUAGAAGCGAAUUUCAAAACGAAUGCGGAGGUGCCACGGGUGAUAGCUUCUGAUAGUGCUCGUAAAAGAGGUGACUAUAGGAAUGUGCCAUCACAUGACCCAGAGGAUGAGUUCGAGGGGUAUUUAAGAGGCGAGGCGCGGGAGGAAAGGGAGUGUUCUGUGACGCCGACGAUGGAGGCAGGGUGGCGCAGGGCUGACUUUGAGCCGCCAAACUCAAGGGGUAACAUUCCCGAACGAGAUCUACACAUACCACGGUUCAGCGACUACAAUUUACGAUCUGAUGCCACGUCAGAGUCAGUGCAGAGCUCCAAUUCUACGGGAAUGAUGAGUGCCCAUGUAGAGAUAUUAUCUGAAAACAGUCGGUUUAACAACAAUGGGCGCACAUGUCCACGUACGCGACCUCGCGAGCGCCUCGACAACGACCUGUCUGGUAGUGACAGCGAAAAGAAUUACCCCGACCUCAUCGAAAUGAGUGCUCUAGGAACCUCCUCGUACCUACGAAGUGAAAUGAAACAUGAUCCAUACUACUUUUACACAAUACCACGAAAAAAGGAUGGCGAUAGUCGUAGUCCUCUCCUUAAUAGUCGGAGAAAUAGUUCUGGUGCAGACUCUGCUAGUUUUUUGGAUAGAACUUAUGAAAAAAGCAGGCAAAGAUCUGGCAGGAGGUCGAAUAGUUUUUUAGAUCUUUCCACAGGUGGAAAUAGAAUUCGUCGAAAUCCUAGUCUCCCGGCUUCUCCUUCAAGGGAGCAACCUACUGUGCCCUCUGCCACACCACUCCUUGACCUUUCCGGGUUACGGGAUUAUUCUCGGACAGGUCAACCUAUUGAGGACUUUGAUUUCCGAGCUUCGCAGUUGGAAAAGUUCCUUGAAGAAUACAGAAGUUUGAGAGAACAACUUUCAAGGAUGAAGGAGACCCGGGAGAAUUUGCAACGCAACCGGGCUUCAGACAACGACGAGUUGCGGUCUAUACUGAAACCAAAGCCUAGUAUAGCUGUGACAGAGACCUCGUCCUCGGUGGCUUUAGCAGAUGCUGCGUCUCCGCUGGCUCUAAGCCCCUCGGAGUAUAAGCCUUCACAGCCGAGACCUGAGUGGUUGACGUCAUUACUAUAUCGUAAUUAAGUAGAUGUUUUGUAAAUAUUAUCACGUCUGAUUUAAUAGACGAAUAUGUGAUCGGACAUUUAUAAUAAUCUACUAGACAUGGGAUGACUUGUGAUUAAAGUGACCCAAUCAUGAAUUGUUAGAAAGUUAAGAACUUGUAAAUAAAUGCGUUCAUAUUUGAACUGAUGUUGAUAAGUCAUUAAAAAUAAUUGUUUGUAAGAAAGUGAAAACAUGAAAGCAUAAUUUCAAGUUGAAAUAAAUCAUUUUCAAUGUC